UUUAUAGAAAAAGAAAACUACUUCUGAAACCUUAGAGGAACUAGAUAAGAGAAUAAAAGAUACUGAAACAUAUGGUCAGAAUAUGGAGCAAAGACACAAGAAGAUAGUUGGCUUUUUGAUUAUUUACAGUGGAAUUUUAUAUAUUAUUACGACUAUGAUCUUCUACUUUUAUUUUUUUCCAGCAGAACUGUAUGAUCAAAUAUUUUACAUUGCUCCUUUACUUACAUUUCCAAUUUUAAUACUAUUUACGAAGAAAACUGUGUCAUGGUAUUAUAGGAGAAAAAUUUUUAAGUAUGAAGAAAAACUUACUAAUUUGCAGCACGAAAAAAAAAAAGUAUUAGAUGAAGUAACUGAGACUGAAACCUACAAAAAGGCUAAAGAAAUAUUAAUGAAAUACGCUCCUGAUCAACUUCAAACGGCAUUAAGUUCUAGGCAUUCUUUGGCUCCUUCAGAAAUAUCCCAUUCAAGCACCCCUCAAAUUUUAACUUCAUUACAAUCUGGAUCUGAAUUGCGCCGUCGAGCGUUGGCUUCGUCUACACUUUAUCAAAAUGCAUCGAACACGACAGGAAUAUGUGUACCAAUCGGAGUUUCAUCUGGACAAACACUAUCAUCAUUGAGUCCUUACCUAGUCAGUAAAUCAAACAAUACAGCAACAUCAGUACCAAAAUCACCCUUGCCUCGGCCAAUUUUACCAAAGAAAAGAAGUUACAUUGAUAAACUAGUUGAGUAUGUUGUUGGAGAUGGGCCUAAUAACCGAUAUGCUUUAAUAUGUCAAAAGUGUGAUUCUCACAAUGGAAUGGCGUUAAAGGAAGAAUUUGAAUACUUUGCUUUCAGAUGUUGUUACUGUAACUUUUGGAAUCCAGCAAGAAAACAAAAACCAUCUGCUCCGAAAUUGGACGUUUCUGGUACUCCUCAAAGGUUAUACAUUAAACAUGAAGAUCGACCGACUGACGAUUUAUUGAAGGUUACUGAACUCAAUAAUGAAAUUUCUGCAAAUGCAUCAUACACUGAUUCUGGUACAGAAACAGUAAAAAAACUUUCUACAACUUCUGACGGCGAUAGAAAUACCUUCAAAGAAGAUAUGAAAAAGCUUUCUACUUGUGACCAAAAAUUACAAAAUUGUAAUACAGGAAACGACAAAAUGGAAAUGGAUGAAUCUCACAGUGAAUAAUUUAUUAACGCAAUACUAUCUUGUUACUGAUAAAAAAAAAAAACUAUCACUUACUUAGUUUUUAUUUUUAAUUUGCAUUAUAUACUUUUGAGCUGUGUUAAUAAAAUAUAUAAUAGUUCGUAACUACUCAGUACGACGAAGUUUUAAAGUAUUCAAUAUGGGUAUACUUGAAAUAGGUGUGAAAAGAUCCUGUAUGAAUCUAAGUAUUUACAAGGUACUGAUAAAAUAAACUUAAGAUACUUUGGAAUUCAAUUAAAAGGAAAAUGCUGUAAUAUGUUCUGUAUUUCAUUGAAUUGUACGUAGGAUGCGUUGUUACAGUAUCUAUUUUUCAUCGUAUAUAGUCUUAUGUAAAUUUCAAGUUAUGUUUCGUAUCCCCUUAUCAAAUAUAUAAUUUUUCGAUAAUAUUUAUAAAAUAU